AUGACGGGUGUGGAAACGAUGUGGCCGCGGGCUCAUCGGGAGCCAUUGGAGAGGUUUGUCGUUGAACAGCCACAAUGUGCGUAUUCAUCCUCCACAGUAUUAAAUAACCCGGAGGGGCAUGUAUGCCUGUCGCAACUCAGCGCAAUCAGCCCUGAGAAGGAAGAGAGGGGCACCGCAGUGGAGGGCUUCUCUUCUCUUGAGGCACUCGGCUCAUCCCCUGAACUCGAUGAGGAGACAUGCAGGUGGAAGACACGUCUGCGGACGGUGAUGCAGAAGCCGUACACCGACGCACCACACCGCUCCCGGUGUCAGGUUGGGAACGAUGACAACAAAGAUGGCGGCAAUCUGAGACCGUCGAAAGCUUCAGAGCCCGUGCCUCUUUCGAAAAUUCCAAUGCAACUUUUGGGGAACUACGGACCCCGGCGUUUGCCAUCGCGAUUUUUGUCAGCUACUCGGAAAAGCGCGGCUGCGUGUGGUGAGCAGUGCACUGGCUUUGUGUUACCACUGGAUUGGGCACACCAUCGUCGCUGGCGCGUCACACUCACCACAGGUGUGGUAGGCAUCGAUGACGCAGAGGAAGGGUUUAUGAAACUGGAAUGUAUGGCCCCAAAACGCAGCGUCGCCCUUCUCUUUGAUGAGAAUGUUAUCAUUCGUCACUUAAUGCGCGUAGUGGCGCCGCUGUCUUAUGUGGUCCGUGCCGUUUUUUUCUACAGUGAGCGUUUAGGCCGCUAUGUGCCUUUGACGCGUGAGAAUUGCCUUAGAGUUGGAUGGCAGUUCCGUGUGUUUGUGGUUCCCAUGCAUUCGUCUCCACCUGUGGCGAAGAAUCAUGGCAGUCUAUCGACAGCUAACUCCUCUUUUUCCUCCUCGACUGAAGAAACUGGGGAGUUUGGGUUCAACAAGAGGACAACGCCGUCGUUGAGUUUUGCAUCGCCCGUUUCUUCUUUCGGCGACGGUGGGGCCUUGUGGAAUGCAUCAGCGGCGCAUGUAUCAAACCUGAGAGGGCAUUCCGGCCGCGGCAUUGCAGGAACAGCUGUGACCAGCAACUUUGACAAGUGGUCCAACAAUAACAGGAGCCCUGUAGCGUGUCUACGGAGGGCGGUGAUUCAGGCCGCUCUUUCGCAACGUGCACUUGCCUGUGACAUCGCACCUCUGGCAUCGUCUUCAUACUCGAUUGUCUCGACACCUCCGCUUUCCAAUAUUGAAAUGCUUCGGAAUGAGAUUGCGGAGGGCAUGGCACGAUUGCACUCUUUGGGGAAUUUGUCCCCACCGCAUGGAAGGAACAACACACAUCGCAAUAUUUCUACGGUUGGCCACAAUCGCGACUGCAUUCACGGCGGCCAGGAAGAGCGGCGCCACAAAACGGAACAACGGUAUUCUUUUCAUCCACCUGUGGGCAUUUACACCGGUACAGUGGGUGAGAUGCGAGACGAUAGUGAGGGCAAAGAAGGGGAAUAA